AUCUCGUCACCGCCGUUGUCGUCAACAGCGCGCUCGAGCAGGCCAUGGCAGACAAGGAGAUACAGAAAAAACAUGAGGAGAAGGAAAAGAGAAAGAUGUGCAAAGAGCUUCGCAAGCUCUUCGUUCGGCUUGACGAGGACGCCUCUGGACAGGUCACCAUGGACGAGAUCGGGGGAAUCGCCGAAGAGGACAAGCAGAUGCUCGCCAGCAUGCUGGGAGUGUCGGACCCGCUGGAGCUGUUCCGCGCGCUCGACGUGGACGGCUCGGGGGAGGUCGACAUCGAGGAGUUCUGCAACGGGAUCUGGCAGGUUUGCAUAUCGAAGGCCCCCAUCGAGAUCAAGCGGGUCGAGAAAAUGGUUGAAUCGAUGCGACACCAGUUGCGUGUGUCAGAGCGCGCCAUGGCCGACAUGGUGAAGGAGGUGGGCGACCUGAAAGACCAGCUCGAGAAGUCCCGGCUUCGGAGCUCGAGCGCGCCUGUGGCCACGCCAGGAGCUCCAGAGUCGGGCGGCCUCGGCAGCGCCGAUGGCACGCCGCCCGUGAAGUCGGCGGGGCUGUCCCCCAGAGGCUCGAGCGCCUCCUGGGACCAGGCGCCCCUCAGGGGGGAUGUCCAGUCAGACUGUGACGGCCAGCUCGUGAGCAUCAUCGGGGCGUGCGUGCGAGAGGCGGUGGGCGCGGCACUCAGAGAGCACCGGGUCGGCGGCGCCAUCCCGGUCGCGGUCUACCACGCGGGGCAGGGCUGCCCGCAGAAGCCUAGCGAAGGGCCCCCCUUCGGCCCAGACAUCGCCGCGGCCCCGGGCUGGGUCGAGGAGCUCAAGCUCGAGCUCCAGUCGUUGCGCGCCGCUGGUCCCAGGGCUGCGCUCGGGGGGCAGGCCCACGGGGGCCCGAAGGCGCAGGCUCAGGGCACCACGGCCGCGGACCUGGUGCGCCCGCUGCCGAGGGCGUCCCUCGCCCCGAGCAAGGACGCCAAGGCCCGCGAUGGCAGCCCGAGCCCCGCCCGCCGUGCCGCGGGCAGCUCGAGCAAUUCGGGCGCAUGCCAGCCGAAGACCUCCACGCCGAAGGCCCCGCCCCAGCGCGCGAGGCCAGGGGACGGCGCGGAGCCCGCCGGUAAAGGCGCGGCGGGCUCCAGAGGGGUUGCGCCUUCAAAGAGGCGCUCGCCCGCGCGGGCGCCCGAGGCUCUGCCCGAGGGAUCCUCGGCGCGAGAGGCUCCGAUCCCCCAGGAGGCGGCAGUAGCAGAGCGGCUGGCCGCUGUCGCUGGCGCCAGGGCCGCUACCUCCCCGACAGGCUGCGCUGGUCCCCUCGCCCAGGGCAUGCCAGCGGGCCCAGCCGAGAUUCACCACCUGUGAUCCAGGGCACAGCGGGCCGCCAGCGUCCCAUCGUGGGGGAUAGAAGAAGAGCCUCCAGCAAGAACUUGCCCAUGCGCUUCACGGACGGCGCCUCGUCGACGAUUGCACCAGGGCGUGCGGAGGCUGAGGAAGAUUCAGUUUCAACCCCUGGGGGGUCAACUCACAUCUGUAAUUCAACGUCGGUCGUGUUUGAAGCUUUUAAUCUGCGAUCGCAGUUCGCUCGAAGGUGCUGGCUUGUCUGCUCAAAGCACUUCGGCUACGUACCUUAUUUUUGUUUUGUCGCAGUGUCGAACAAUCGUGGCGUUAUGGUGUUAUCAUUCCGGCGAGCGUGCACCUUACGUUGCUAUGUUAGAGUGAGGGUGGCCGAACAAUGGGUUGUCAAUUAUUCAUGUUACUCGGCUUGUUACAUGGUUGCGUCGUUUACUACCCGAGUCGUGAUCACCGCUUCUGUUGCCGAGUCGGAGGCAGACGACCAUAGCCGCAGCCAUCAUCGUGUAGCUUGUGUCGCUUUGCAGACAACGUGCUAGGUACGCGCAUCCUGCAGUUUCUUAUCCGUCUCCUGAUAGCCGUCCGUUGACCUCUGCAAUACAACGCGUAGGGGCAGUGUUCGGCAGAACCUACCGCUUGAAGCUACAGACUCUUGAUGCUUACAGCGGUGCUUGUUGUUUGCCUCUUGUUGCAGAGGUCCGCAGAUGCGCCUCUCUGCUCCCUGCGUUCGGCAGGCCUGCAAUCUUAGAAGCGGCUCGUGUGGGCAGACUCCAUCGCCGCUCGUUAGCACCAGCAGCAUGUCCCGCCGCUCUGUUUAAUUAUAUCCUUAGGCGAAGGCAGUUCUUUUGCGCAGCCGAGCCCCACUAUCAAUGCCACGCGCGCAUUGGAACAAA